GAAAUGCGGGCAUGUCCACUCUCAGUCUUCUCUCUGGUGAUGUAGUAAUUGGUAGUUGUAUGCCGCUUCGUACAAAAUAAAUUUUCUAACAAAAAAGUUGUGUUUAUAAAAAAGAUUUGAUAUUAGGUGAAAUAAAUUAAUAAUCAUGACCAUUGUGACUGUUUUAAAUCGUAAUAUCAAUUUAACUCAGCUAUCAAAGCUGCAUUCUUGUAUUUAUGGACAAAAUGUGCGGUUUUGGUCAUCGUAUGCUAAAUUUGCUGAGCAUAAACCAUUGGAGAAACUCAGAAAUAUCGGCAUAUCAGCUCACAUCGAUUCUGGGAAAACUACUUUGACUGAACGUAUUUUGUAUUACACUGGAAGAAUAUCCAAGAUGCAUGAGGUAAAAGGAAAAGAUAACGUGGGUGCAACCAUGGACAGUAUGGAAUUGGAGAGACAAAGAGGAAUAACUAUUCAAUCUGCUGCGACAUAUACGUUAUGGAAAGAUCAUAACAUCAAUAUCAUUGAUACACCAGGGCAUGUGGAUUUCACAGUAGAAGUUGAAAGAGCUCUGCGUGUUUUAGAUGGUGCUGUACUUGUUCUCUGUGCUGUAGGCGGUGUUCAGUCACAGACUUUAACCGUAAAUCGACAGAUGAAAAGAUAUAAUGUACCCUGUUUAGCAUUUAUCAAUAAGCUAGAUAGAAUGGGUGCGAAUCCAAAGAAAGUCUUAAAGCAAAUGAGAAGUAAACUGCAUCACAAUGCUGCGUUUAUACAAUUACCGAUUGGUCUAGAAAAAGAAACAAAAGGAAUAGUUGACUUGAUUUCUCAAAAAGCAAUUUACUUUGAAGGAAAUUUUGGAGAAAUUGUUAGAGAAGAUGAAAUUCCAAAAGAUAUGAAUGCGGAGGCAAAUGAAAAGAGACAAGAAUUAAUUGAGCACUUGAGCAAUGUGGAUGAUACUCUUGGUGAAUUAUAUCUAAAUGAGACAAAAUUAACUGAGAAAGAUAUUAUGGAUGCCAUACGUAGGAGUUGUUUAAAAAGAAAAUUCACACCCGUACUAGUUGGUACUGCACUAAAAAAUAAAGGAGUCCAACCUUUGUUAGAUGCAGUAAUAAACUAUUUACCAAAUCCAGGAGAAGUAGAAAAUUACGCUCUUCAAGAAAAGUCUGAUAACGAAUCUGCAAAGGUUUUAUUGAAUUCCACCCGCAAUGAUAACAACCCUUUUGUUGGAUUGGCAUUUAAAUUGGAAGUUGGCAAAUUCGGUCAAUUAACAUAUUUCCGUUGUUACCAAGGAAUGUUAAGAAGAGGGGAUAAUUUGUACAAUACAAGAUCAAAAAAGAAGGUGCGAGCUCAAAGAUUAGUUCGGCUUCAUUCGAACCAACUGGAAGAUGUGACAGAAGUUUACGCAGGAGACAUUUUUGCGAUAUUUGGCAUAGACUGUGCAUCUGGUGAUACUUUUGUCAAAAAUUCUAAACUGGAAUUAUCAAUGGAAUCAAUUUAUAUACCCGAUGCUGUGGUAUAUAUGUCUAUACAAGCAAAGAAUUCAAAAGAUAGAGAUAAUUUUGCUAAAGGUAUUGGUCGAUUCACUAAGGAGGAUCCAACUUUGCGUUUCUAUUUUGAUCCGGACAACAAGGAAUGCAUAAUUUCUGGCAUGGGCGAAUUGCAUUUGGAAAUUUAUGCACAAAGAUUGGAACGUGAAUAUAAUUGUCCCGUUAUACUUGGAAAGCCGAAAGUUUCUUUCCGCGAAACUUUAUGCGAACCAUGUGAAUUUGACUAUCUUCAUAAAAAGCAGUCUGGCGGUGCUGGUCAAUAUGCUCGCGUGACCGGAAUUAUGGAGCCAUUACCACCCCAUAAAAAUACGACUAUCGAAUUUUUGGACGAAACUGUGGGGACCAAUGUUCCGAAGCAAUAUAUUCCUGGUAUUGAUAAAGGUUUCAAAGCUCAGUGCGAGAAGGGUUUGCUCACUGGUCACAAGGUCGCUGGUGUCAAAUUCAGACUAAUAGAUGGUAUGCAUCAUUGCGUCGAUUCUUCGGAAUUUGCUUUCUUUCAAGCUGCGCAAGGUGCUGUUAGAGAUGUAUUCGAGCAUGGGAACUGGCGAAUUUUGGAGCCGAUUAUGUUAGUUGAAGUAACAGGCCCGGAGGAGUUUCAGGGUAUGAUAUUAGGACAAAUCAACAAAAGAAAAGGAAUCAUAAAUUCAACGGAAACGAGUGAAGGAUGGUUUACAAUCGUUGCAGAAGUGCCACUUAACGAUAUGUUCGGUUAUGCUGGCGAAUUAAGAUCCACUACGCAAGGUAAAGGAGAGUUCACCAUGGAAUAUGCAAGAUAUAGUCCUUGUGUAGCGGAAUUACAGGAACAACUCGUUAGGCAAUAUCAUGAAUCACUGAGAAUAGGAGUAGCCCAGAAAUCGAAAAAUUGAUUAGAAGACAUAAGAUAAAUAUUUCUUUUUUUUUAGCGAAAUUAUACGAUAUUACUAUGAAUGUUAUAAGUAGAUCAUAGUAAUAUAUGCUUUAUCUACUCAUAAUAUACCUAUUGAUACAUUGUAAACUAAUAAAUUAUUAGAAAAAGAAAUUCAGAAUCAAUAGUUGUUAAUAAAUGAAUGUGGAUGAUUCGUAUAUUCAAUAAAUGUGGAAAUACGAAUGUAUAAAGUGGGUUGUAAAUAUUAGUCCAUAUAUGUAAAGAAUAUGUAAUGUAAUAUACAAAAUAAAUGUAGAGAAAAUAAUUUCUCUAUCUUGACACAUA